CGCACGCUGCGACUCCCUCCCAGUCUCCGCGCAGCUGCGGGAAGCGAUCGAGGCCGGGCGCCGCGUGACCCUCCCGGGCGGGAGCGUGGGCUGCCCGCGGCUUCCGGUGGUUUCUGGCUCCUUCUGGCUCCGGAGCCGCAGCACCGGGGUCACCCCAGAGGCCUCUCGUUGGCGUGUGGGCGCAGGGCCUGCAGGCGAAGAGGGCGCAGGGCAGCGCGGCCUCCGGGGACACCGCCCCCGGACCCGUGACCUCGGGGUGUCGGGGCCGCUGCCGCCCGCGCCCUUGCUGCCUUGGGUAGAGCAGCUCGAUGUCGGAGGCCGCGGCGAUGAACCUCCUGGAGGACUGGUGUCGCGGGAUGGAGGUGGACCCUGCCGGUCAGGGGCAUCCCCGAGGACUGUGCCGAGCGGCACUGGAGGAGACCUUGAACGGGGUCCUCGCCCCCCUGGGCACCUAUCGCGUGCUCAACAAGAUAUUUUUGAGGGAAGAGAAUGUCAAAGCGGCCCUCAUCGAGUUGGCCAGGGGCGUGAACCCGAGCGCCGUACCCCGAGAGUUGAGGGGUGGUGUCUGGAAGGUAGCCUGCAGGGAACCCGCCCAGGAUGCCGAGUUUUUGAAAAACUGAAAUGAAUACCUGGGUGCUGAGGGUCGCAUCUGGGAAGAUGCGGUCCGCCUCCUGCAGCUGAACCCCUCCCCGCCGCCCCAGAGCGCGAGCCAGGCCUCGGAGAGCUGGGCGGAAGCCCUGGGGGUGCUGCUGGGAGCUGUGGUGCAGGCCAUCGUGUGCAUGGAUGCCGAGAUCCGCGGCCGGGAGGAAGCUCGGGCGGAGGCCGAGGAGGGGGCGCCGUGGGCUUUGGCAGCAGGGAAGAAGGUCAAGAAGGAGCCGGGGCUUGCCACGGAGCCGGGCUCGGCCCCAAAGAUGGAGAGCCCCACCUGCUGGAAGGGCAGGGAGGGCUGGGUUGGCCCUCCCAGGCCCAUAGUUCGCAGGGCUGGAGCUAAGGCUCGCUCCAGGAGAAAGAGGCAGAAGAAAAGCCCCAAGCAGGAACCAGUGCCCUGGAAAAAACCCAAAGGCAGCCAUUGCAGGGGCUUCGCCUACUCAGAGGGGCCUGAGGCUGGUGAUGCCGGGAGAAUGGAGAUCUCGGAGUCUGGCAAGAGCCACAGAACACCCUGUGUGAAGCAGGAGGAGCCGGCUUCGAAGAGGCCUGCGGGAACAGGUGCCUGGAAGGUUCCCAGAGAACCUCCUCAGGAUGCCCUGGGGCAGCUAGACCCUGGAGGCACCUCAGAGUCAGACCAUGAUGCUCAGGAGAGGCCGCCGGAGAAGAAGGCCGUGGGCGGGGCCUCUGGAAAGAGCCUCGGCCCGGUGAGGAAGAAGAAGAAGAAGGUGACCUUGGGCCCUGUUGCUUAUGUCCUCGUGGAUUCUGAAAAUGACAAGAAGCUGAUGGUUCCAAAGAAAGGGCUGAGCUCCAGCAGGGCUGCGCUGGCUCAGAAGGCCCCGGGUGGCCCGCGCCUUGCAGCAGCGCCGGCCUCGAUGUCCAGGCAUCCGAAGGCCAAGGCUGCAGGCUCUCCUCUGGCGGCCAAUGAUUCCAGAAAGCCUUGAUCCCGAGGACCACCCGUGCCCCAGGAGUUGAAGGAAGACGAAGGAAGAAGUCCCAAGCCGGGAGCAGAGUGUUCGCUUGCUGGCAGAGGGGACAAGAGUGUUGACUCUUUGAGGGACCCGGUGUAUAGGGCUGUGGCUCUCAGAGGUAAACGAUAGAUGGGGUGUGUAAGGGACAGUGCGGGAGGGAGGUGUCUGCCUGUUUGCUCUGGCAGGUCUGCCAUUUUUCUUAACCUCCUCUUCAGCUCACUCUCAGAGGCUAGAGAGCUGGUAAGUGGCCUGGGAAAAUUCUAGAACAUUCCCUGGCGUGGGUGGGCGGGGUUCCUGCUCAGCCUCCCUCCCCGGCUCCCUGCUUCCCAUGGUCACCCGACCUUCAGGGCCUGGCGUUUUGAAGAGCAGGGCGGCUGCUUCCUUCCAGCCUCCUUGGGCCUCCGCAGUGGGCAAGUGGAGCCCAGAUCUUCCCUACAAGUGCGGUGUGCUUGUCCCUCCGGUCCUGACUUCUGUCCUCCAUUGUCUAACCCCAAGGUUUAGGUCCUGAGAGUUCUGGGAAAAAGCACAACAACAACGAAUGUCUGCCUCGUCCUUGAAAGAGUGGAGUUUCAGGGUCUAUUAGUAAAACCGACAUGUGGAUCCCCAUGUGGGGCGAAGCCUUCUCAGGAAGCCGGCGGGGAAGAAGGGAAUCGAACUCAGGACCUUGCACUUGCCAGGCAGGAGCUUGCGCCACUGAGCUACAUCCCGGCCCAUAACCGCAUUUCUUGUAAACAUGACUUUGAGGAAGGCUGGAAGCAGAGGCGGUUGGGUCCAGCGCAUGCCCUGCGAGGUGAGACUCUGAAAGGAAGCUCCCUGCUGUAGCCCACGCGCCCUCAUCCUGCCGCGAUUCUUCAGUUUUGCAACAGCAAGCUCGUGUGUCAGCCUGGCACGCAACAGUGAUAUUCUGCUGCCUUAGCGUUUUAGCCUCCGUCCUUUCUCAUGGUCUGUUUUCUGACUUCAGAUUUUUGUGAUUAAAAAAAGCAUGAACAGUUGUUAGAUGUUGGUACUGACUCAAUUCUAAGGCAUAGUUCUUUUGAGGAUUCAUUUCAGAUGUUGGGCGGGCUCCCUGGAGGUACAGGCGGAGGAGAACACUUUCUGCCUGCAGCUCCUCCUCUGUCCCGAGGUUUUCCGUGGGUGUGUGCAGAACAAACCCUAGGAGGGAACUGGAUGCAUGAGACGACGGAAGCCUCCAGCUGUCCUGUCCCUAACUUCAGAGGUCUUAGGGUUUUAUGGCUCGGUCUGUGAUCAGUACAUGUGAAUGUAAAUGUGUAAAAUAAACUCCAGGAAAUUAAACAUCUCA